AAUAGAAGUACGAAACGUUGUCCAGCUAGUUGAGGAAGGAAGCUGCGUUUCAAACGUCGAUUUUAAUCUUUCUCCGUCUCGUCGAAGAGAACACCGAAAGCAUGAGGAUCGCCGUCAUAUUUCUCUGCACGUUAUACUUCGCUUGCACGCUGAGUCGUGCCGAUAAAUUUGGCGAUAUAAUCACGUGUAUCCAAGAAAUGGACCUGAAGCUUGAGAAUGUCUUAUCUUUGAUGAAUGACGAGACUGCCGAAGGAAAGCAGCAAUAUGGAUGUCUUCUAGCAUGUGUCCUACAGAAAAAGGACGCGAUGGUUGGUAACACGUUCAAAAUAUCAGUGAUCGAAAAUUAUAUCGCUAAAUUUUUCGAUAAUGAUGAUGAGAAAGAAACUAUGCUUCAACAUAUAAACCACUGCAUCUCUCAAGCUGAAAAUGAUGACGAAUGCGUAGCUGCCCGCCAGUUCAUUGACUGCAGCAAAGAGCAUCUGGAUCACAUGGAUCUUAGAAAAGUAUUAGAAAAAGUGACUAUAGCUUAACGCUCUUUCAAUUCGUCCACAAACGUUGGAAACAUUCUCGAUUUUGUCAACAAGUUGAAUUAAUUGUACAAGUUUGUCAAUAAAGUAAGAAGCAUUCGAA